UCACGCGGUACAGUGGGUGGAUGUCGUUUGUCUGUCCAAGUCAAAGUGUGCAACAAAAAUGUAUUGGAAGAGUCAAAAGCUAGAAAAAGCCGUCCGCCCGUAAUGGGUAAACGAAGUUAAUUACUGAACAGCAACUGACGCGUUUCUUCACCCAGCAAGUUCAACAUGAUGACCAUGACAUUUCAGGUGUCAAGUCACGUGACACUGCUGUUUGACUUCUGGCAGGUGAACAGCCCUGGAGGCAUGGUUUUGUCAGUGAUAGUGGUCAUGCUACUGACGGUCUUGUACGAGCUGCUCAAAGUGUGGAGGGUGUGGCUUAGCAGGAGCACGCUGUUGGCUCAAUAUUCCACUCCAUUUUCCAGCAGCCCUGUGGUGGAAAACAGCUCCCCUGAAGCUUCAUUGACUCCCAGUGAAUCAAACCCCAUCUUUCCGAGCAACAAGAGCAACUGGUUGCUACAUGGAAUCCAGACAUUUCUUCACUUGCUGCAGGUGACUUUGGGCUACAUGCUGAUGUUGUGCGUCAUGUCCUUCAACACUUGGAUCUUUCUCGGCGUCAUUGUGGGUUCCACUCUGGGUUAUUUCAUCUCAUUCCCUCUGCUGGAUCGUUAUUGAUGGACAGUACAGCCCAGGGUGUGUUCUUCUCAUAAUUAGAAGGAUCAUGAUUUCCAUUAAAAUGUGGAAACCCUCCUUAUGAGCUUUCUUGAUGCUUGGGCUGUGUUAGUAUUUCAUACAUGAUUUGGGUUACUCUGUGUUACAAUAUUGUCAUCUUAAAGUUUUGAUAAUUACUUGUGUUUAAGUGAUGAAGAUCACUCUAAUAACAGUAGGAAUUCAAAGAAAGGGAAAAUAUUGUGCCCAACAAUGACUUCGUUAUCAGUCAGUUUGUAGAUUAACGUUAACGAUCAUUUAGAGUCCUCUGACUAAAAUGAUAUCUUUGUUAAUUUCAUUGUACACCAGUCUGAACACUAGUUUGAUUAAAAUAAAGGGAAAACAGUGACAAAAUUAAAAA